ACAUAAAAGAUUGAAGAAAAUCUAAUCUCUCUUAUUUUAUCUUGCGAUAGCUUUACAUGCAAUUAAAAAACACAGGUUUUUUAUAAUUGUUUCUCAGCAGGCGUAUACAUAGCUCGUAACCAUAAACUAUAUGAACACUUGAUCUAAUUUGUAACGCUAUCAUGCGAAUCAUAUUUAAUGGUAGUUAGCGCUGGUGUCGAAGUGUGGUUGAAACGUUGGGAUAUACAGUCAGCUUAUUUAUUACAAAAAUUAUUUAUUACUAAUUAUUUAUGAGACAGAAUCACAAAACAAUCAGAAAUGAAGACGGCGCCGGAUCCGAUAUACGUACAGGAAUUUCUAUUUAAACAAUCGAAUACCUCUCAAGUAUUUGAUUUCAAGUCUCCCAUUUCUGCUGCUUGUAAUCUUCUCGUGGCUGACAAGAAACGAGGACUUCUUUACAUAGGUCAUGAUGAUAGAAUUACUGUGUUAAAACCAGCAGGAGAAAACAACGCAGAAUGGAAGAUAGAACUCCCAUUGCCAGGCGCUAUAUCAAAGAUUGCAAUUAAUUGUGAUUAUAAUUAUGUUGCAGUAGCCAUAGCACAGAAGCCUACAAUAUUGAUAUAUGAUGCCCAAUCACUAGCUAGAAAUAAUCUUAAUCUGUUACUUGAGAUAACAUCGUCGAACAAGCACGAUAGUUAUGUCACAGACAUACGAUGGAAUCCCACUAUACCUACGAUGUUUUGUACCGUCACUAGUGACUGUACCAUUGGCAGUUUCCAGUUAAAAGUAGAAGAAGGAAAUUCCGUGUCAAAAGUAUCUGUACAUUCAAAAGUGUCAAACGAGCCACAGGCUUUGUGCGCAGCAUGGAGUCCCAAGGGCAAACAGGUGGCCGUGGGCUGCAGGAACGGAGACAUCGUACAACUGAAACCGGACACUCUGAAGGUUGCUCGAACGAUCGCGGGUCCCUCGCCGUCCAUCGGAGAAGUGAUUAGCAUCUUGUGGAUCAGCAACUAUCAGUUCUGCGCCGCGUAUUCGAAUAGUGAGCGGCACAUCAACGUUCUCAUCGUCGACGCGCCCAAGGGGGAGGCAAACGCUAUAUUUACCUGCUACGAGGACAUCACGUACGGGUGCGUCGAUGCCGAGGAGGCUGAAAACGUCCCUCGUUAUUAUUUCGAGCACGUGCCGGAGUGGGGACUUAUCAUAGCGGGCAGCAGUACUAGCAGCGAGAUAGCCGUGUUGGGCACUACGGAUGGGGGCGCAAAUUGGAAUCAAUGGCAGUUGGUAGACAGCGGCAGAGCUCAGUUGCCUCUAAUGAGAACUACAGAAAUUUACCCAGUGGGUCUAGCUGUGGAUAAAUCGGCCACUAAUGUAUUACCAUGGGGCACGGACUCGACGUUGCCGUAUCCAGUUCCCAUUUUGCACAUACUCGGAACGUCUGGAAGAUUGUGUAGUUUUCACAUGGUUAAUUUGGCGCCCAACUGUCCUGCCAUUAAUUCACCUCCCACGGAAAUUGUCGCGACUCCAGCUCCAUCGCAUCCUGUCGCACCACCUGCGGAAAUGUCGUUUACUAUGAACGCCGCGGUAACUAGCACACCACGUCCGAAACAGCCGGAAGUUAUGCCGGAACGUCCAAAGCCCGCUGCCGUGGCAAACAUAUUUGGCGAGUCUCUAAAAGCGGCAGGAUUCUUUCAACAACCUGUCGAGCAGCCAAUGGAGCAACCGAAACCGCAGGAUGAAAAGCCUGCGUUGAUCGCGGUUGCAAAACCGGCGAUUGUGCCGAAAGAAACGCCAGUGCCAGAACCGGCGAAAUCGGAAGUUAAAUUAGCGGUAGACAAGGAAGCCAGCUCGUCGCAGGCAGUAGAACAGAAAGCUUCUAUAGAUGAUGGCAUACGAAUGCGAGCUUUUCUGCAGGAACAAACGAUGUUCGAAAAGGAAUUGCGAAACAGGCUGCAACCGCAAGUGUGGGAAUGCGGCACGGAUGAGGAGAAGAAGCGGCUUGGCGAGAUAUCCACCGUCAUAGAACAGUUUCUGAGGGAUUUAAAGGACACGACGAACAGUUUGUCCAGCGAUAUAGCGUACUUGAAGGCUUUAUUGCUCCAGUCAUUUGCAUGGAUCGAAGAGACGAAAUCGAAAAACGCAGCGAGUGCUGAGGUCACCAGUAGGAACUGCAGUGAAAACAGUAAAAUAAUGGAGCUACAACGAUGGUACUACUACACGCAGUCGCAGCUUAAUCAAGUCGGUAAGAUAUUGGAUCUAGAAUGGUCGGAGCAUAAAGCGCAGGAAAAGACAAAGAUGAAAAUCCCUAGCUUAGAAUUCGUCUAUCAGAAUCUCGUGAUACACAACAAGAUUUUUGCGAAGGAGAAAGAGAAGUUAGAGCGAAUCUCGCGGCGAUGGAAAUCUCUCAACCGUUCAUUACCAUAUAAUGUCAAUGUGUCAAGUCUCAAUCGCUCGAUGGCGAGUCUGCACGUGAGCUCACCGAAAUUGUCGUCUACCAUUCGUGGAAAACCCGACGUUAUAGAUGCCCGCUGUACAACUAUCGCCCUGAAGACGCUGAGUUUCACGCACGAGAAGCAAGUCAAGUUAAAGGCAUUGCUCAUCGAAUCGUAUCCGAGAAUCGUCAAGCCGGUGAACCCGUCACCGAUUCAGGAUCGUUUAAAGGCAACGCUGUCUACCCUGGCAUCCCUCAACCCUACGGUUGCCGAGGCUAAGGCAAAAGCUGAAUCAUCGGUUGUUAAGCAAAGCGUCGCUACCAACAAGCAGACAGUCGAGAAGCAGGUCAAAUCGCAAAAUCCUCUCGCUUCAUUGAACAGUAUUGUUGCAAGAAUCGGUUCGUCCGACACCAACGGCAUCAUACAGAACAAGUCUCAACAAAAGCCGCUUCCCGCGACCGCUCCUUUCCCUGCCGCGAUUUCUACCAAACAGACGGACAAAAAGCCUACUGUGGCAGCAGCUACCGUAGCACCGCAAUCUAAAUCGAAACAGGAUCUUGCCAUUAACUUCCCAUCGUCUAUUACGUUUGGCACGUCGACGCAAAAAUCUCAAGAUGCUCUCUUUCCAAAAUCUUCUCUUAUGGAUACAACUGUCAGAAGCAAUAAAGAGCCAACGACCAACGAUAAUAUCCCUAGGGCCCCAGAGUCUUCUUUAUUUUCGACUGGACUAUUAAAGGACGCGCUGUCAACGGAAUAUCCGCUGAAUUCAGAGACCGCUCAUAUGGGAAUCGCUCGUAAUCUACCAUCGCUGUCUGCAGCAUCAGCUGUGAAAAUGGAUAACGCUUCUACGUUCAGUUUUGCUACGCCUAACAUGGCCCUGAAUUUGGCGAAAAAUACGUCCCCCAGUAUGGCCCUCGAUACGGCGAUGUCCUUCGCCUCGAAACCCAUGACACAUGCUCCUGCUGCAGAACUAUCCACGACGACGGCUCAAAUAUCGGUGCCAGCACCGAUAAAGCUAUCAGCUUUAUCGUCUGCUUUGGGAUCACCUGGUUCGUUGACUCUUUCAUCGAACAGCGCGGACGGAAAAAUAAAUACCAUCACGUCUUCGAUGAGCUUCGCUGCUGUACCCGCUGCACCCGUUGCUACAACACAGGUUCCCACGAUGACUGCCGUUGCUACACCCAUUACAAAUAUCGGCAAUAUUACUGUUAGCCUCGUAUCCACGAAUUCCAUUCGCAAAUCAACGCAGCUGUCACCUGUCGCAGAUAAUAUCAUUAUUGAAAAAGUUACCACACCUGAAGUGAAGGCACUCAAUUUCGGAAGCAUAUCUGCUCAGGCUGCAAGCCCAUUAUCCACGGCACCGAUAUUUGGCGGUCAAACUAUCGCGAAGAGUAUGAUUCCAGAAGCAACGACUACGUUACCUGCCACAACUACUACCUUCGGCGCGGCCGCUUUCCCGUCGAUCGCACCUCCUUAUGGAACGUCAACCUUAGCACCGACGGCAUCAGUGUUCAGUGGAUUCACAAAUACAUCUGGCGGCGUUACUAUCACUCCUAUCCCCUCGGCGGCACCUGUCAGCAGCGCUGUGUCUCCUUUCCAGAGCUCGCUGAAUAAGCCGACGUUCGGUGAGACUACCAUCACCAGUAUGCCGGCCACGAGUUUCGGUAUCAACUCUAGCAAUACAUCCGCGGGCACAAUCUCAUUUGGUGGUCUUACGACGACGACGAUGACAACGGCAACAGUGACGACGACGAUGGCGGCAGUUUCGCCGGCAUUCGGCAAAAGUCCAGUUGUCUCUUCACCGUCAAGUACACAAUUCCCGAACGCUCAGACACCUGCGUCAGCGAACGUCUUCGGCAAGCCGAUAAUCAGCCCUGCAUCGACACCGUUCGGUAAUACCUCAGGCUCCAAUGUGUUUUCCAAUAUACCCGCUACAUCCUCGAGCACCUCUAUGUUCGGAGGCAACAACAUGAAUUCAGUUUUCGGCUCAAGUCCGCUGUCUUCCACGAGCGGAAACAUUUUCGGUGGUAACACGGCGGGAUUCGGUACGCCUACAUCGGGAUCUAUAUUUGAUACUAGUGCUCCGAAACCCGGCGGUAUCAUGUUCGGUGGAGCGACGAACACAGUACCUGCUUCUCCGUUUGGUAACGCGACGAGCAACGCAUCACCAGUGGCAGCUGGUGCUUCCGCUACGGACGCGAAUGUUUUCAGGUCUACCGUGACUAACACAUCUCCCAUACAGCAACCCGUACUUAGCAGUCCAUCCGCUUUCGGACAAGCCCCUGCCUUUGGCGCUAAACCAGUCUUUGGAUCAUCACCCAUUUUCGGAGGCGCGAAACCUGUUUUCGGGGGUGGCUUUGGCUCACCUCCUGCAUUCGAAUCUUCCGGCAUAGGAUUUGGAAGUCCACCCGCUAUGCAAGGCGGUUCUACGAUGGAAAAUAUGUCGAAAGUUUUCGGAGAAGUAGCGGGUAACACUACUUUUGAAUCUUUAGCUAAUCAAUCAGGUGGCCUCAGUUUUGGUAGUUUAGCUCAAAAGAAUCCAGAGCUAGAGAAACCAUCAUUCACUGCUGGCAGUUCAUUUUCCAGUUGGAGAUAAGUACAAUUGUGGUGGGUUUAAACCUUUUAAAAUCAUCAUGCAUCAUUUAUUAGGAAUAAAGAAUUAUAUUGUUACAAUCGCAUAAUUGUUUUAUAUCCAGGAAGAUGUACUUUUUAUGAAAAACAAAAUUACGCUCUAUUACUAUCUUGUACUGUUGUAAUAAAUGAAAAGAGAAUUAGGUUUUAUAAUAAAACAUUUUCAUU